AUGACGCCCAAGAUCGACUCCACAAUGCAAGGCCCUCUCAAGAAACAAAGGCUCUCCAAAGAGGUAGCCAAGUUCUACUUUGAGAACAUCAUCCAUGGUCAUGGCGCCCCAGGCGUUCUCAUCACCGACAGAUGUACAGACUUUAAUGCUGAUUUGACUCAGGUGACCUUAAGACAUAGCGAGAUAAGCCACCGCCGCACCACCGCCUACCACCCACAGAUAGAUGGUGCCAACGACUGGCUAAACAAGACAAUCGCCGAAAUGCUGGCCGUAAACGUCGACGUUGAACACAAGACGUGGGACGCCGUACUUUCAUACGUGACCUUGGAAUACGACACGGCCAUGCAGAAGAUGACGGAAAUGCCACCAUACAAGUUCUUCUACGGAAGGAACCCGACAACGACGCUGGAUGCAAUGCUCCCCAACGUCGCUGACGAAGAGAACCUCAACGUCGCCCUCUAUUUUCAGCGGGCUGAAGAAGCUCGACAACUCGCCCGCCUGCGCAUCACAAAUCAGCAGACGACAGACCACCGCCAUCAGAAUCUUUGA